AUGAUUAUUUUCUCUGCAUCCAAAUCCGAAUCCAAUUCAAUCGUUUCUCCAUUUGGAUUCUUCUAUGUUUCGUUUUAUAAAUUCAUCGAAUUUUUCGAAUAAAUUUUUUAUAUUUUUUCUUAAUUAAUCAUUAAUUAAGAGAGAAUAUAUAAUUAGUAGUUACUAUUAAUUGUAAAUAAUUAAGAAUAAAAUAUGCAGACCUAUGUCGGAUUAGGGUUCAUGGCCGUCUUCGCAAUCUCCGGCAGCAUCGUUCUUCUCGCCAAUCAAGUCCAUAAACGUCUCCUCUCCGACUUCAUGAAGAAGAUUGAAUUCGAAAUCUCUGGAUUUGAGAAAUUCAACAGCAAGAAGAAGGUUCGAUUUGCGGAAGAUGUAAUGGAGCCAUCGUCGAACAACAAAGAGUAUAGAAAGAAAAGCUUGAAGAAUCAUCAUCAUCAUCAUGGGAACAGAAUGCCGUUGAAUAGGCAGAUUUUGUAUAAAGGAAUUAUUCAAUACAGAACCCUUCGAGCCCAACAGUACUGCAUCUAA